AUGUGUUUGGUUCCAGCAGAAGCUGAAGCUAGUUCAGCUAAAUCAUCUGAAAUAGCGGAAACGACCCUAGAAGAACAAGAAUUUCAGAAAUAUGCUAGUAUGGAACAAGCUGCAUUUGGUGAAUUAACUAAGUAUAUGGAAGAACUUCUUGAUAAUCCUCAAGUUUUGAAAUUUACCGAGGUUACUAGCCGUUACGUUCAAUCUAUUAAGAACAAUGGAAUCUCAGACGUGAAGUCUCACACCAAAAAAAAAAAACUUAAGAUGCAAACAUCGUUAACAUCUCGACUGGUUGUCUUUAGUAUUCCAACUGCGAAUAUCACCGAAGACUUACUCGAGCCACAUACAAUAAGAGAGCAGGCAUAUUUCGAAUUCAAAAGUAAACGUUUGUUCAUAAAAGACGAUGUCAGCCAGUUUCACUCUGUUAUGCAAAGGCAAAACUUAAAAACAUUCACGGAUCUAAGAAAACAAAAACGUAUAAAAGUGAAUGAAAAGGAACUAAUUCUGAAAGCAGAUAGAGGUUUGUUUGCUCAGAUGGCAAUUGUUGCUGAACGCAGAGAGUUUGAUAUGAUAACUGUUUUGUCACAUCCACUGGGAUCUCUACCAUGGGCAUUAGCAGCAACAGAUGGAACAAUAAGAAAAACUAAUAAAUCUAAACUAUUUGAACUCUUAAAUAGGAACUUUCCUACAGCUGAAGUACUACCGGAUAAUGCUGCAUAUGUUAUCGAUGGAAUGGCAUUAGUACAACAAUUAGUUAAAGUACCAAACACUUUUGUAUUCCUAGCUGAUAAAUUAUUUUCCAAGAAACUUAUUCACGAAUCGAUAUUGUUUUUGAUACGCACAGAAGUAUAUCAAUGA